ACUGCCUUUAUUCCAGUGAAUCAAACCAAACAUGAUUAGUAUACUGCGUUAUAUUUUAUAUAUUUUGCUAUCUCUACCUCUGCUGGUAUAUUUGCGUAGAAAAUGGUUGUUUUCGUAUUGGACAAGAAAGGGGUUGCAAACUGCCGAACCGACGAACACGAAAGAGGUUGGACUCCCCGAACCAGAAUAUGUGAAAGUAAUGCAUCACUACAGGAGGUUCAAGACCAAAGGAGAGAAGCAUUUCGGAAUCUAUCAGCGUCAGAGCCCGUCUUAUGUACCAAUAAAUCUGGACAUUAUUAAGAGUAUGUUGACGACAGACUUCAACCACUUCAGGAACCACGGGUUCUUUUCUAAUGUGGAUGAUGAACCACUAACAGCAAAUUUGUUCAAUCUCAAUGACGAUCAGUGGAGAGUCAUGAGGGCAAAAUUAACACCAACAUUCACGUCAGGAAAAAUGAAAAUGAUGUUCCAUACAAUAGUAGAUCGUACUUCGGGCCUGGAGGAGUUAAUAUCAACUUUUGCAACGGAUAAGAAACCGAUGGAAGUCAAAGAUGUUAUGUCCAGAUUCACCACUGACGUCAUAGGCAAUGUCGCCUUCGGCAUCGAUUGCAAUACAAUGAAAAACCCAGACUCUGAAUUCGCCUACUACGCGAAACAAAUUAUGCAGCUGGGUCACAGAAAUAAGGGAAUGAUCGGAAAUCUCCUGAGAAGUAUUCUACCACCUUGGCUGUUCUUAAAACUAGGGUUCAAACUAAUGGGUAAAGAAUUAGGAGACUUUUUCUUUGACUUGGUCGCGAAUGCUAUCGAGUACCGAGAAAAGAAUAAUAUAGUUAGAAAAGAUUUUUUACAUUUGAUGAUCCAAUUGAAAAAUCUCGGCAAACUGAGCGACGACGAUAAAAUUGUUAUCAAAUCUUCGAAUGGAGACGGUUUAACACUGAAACAGGUGACGGCACAGUGUUUCGUUUUUUUCACAGCCGGGUUUGACACAUCAUCUACCACCAUGAUGUUCUCUUUGUUGGAGCUGGCUCUAAAUCCCAAUGUGCAGGAUAAACUCAGGGAUGAAAUCAAUAGGGUGUUGGACAAACAUGACGGCAAGAUUACGUACGAGGCUGUUAUGGAAAUGGAGUAUUUGGACAAAGUUAUUGCAGAAUCUCUUCGUUUGUUUCCUCCCUUACCGGUACUGCCCAGGAGGUGUACCGAGGACUACCAUGUACCGGGUACAAACGUUGUGAUAGAAAAGGGCACCGCAGUGAGUGUGCCUUUGUAUUCUAUUCAUCACGAUGAAGAAUAUUUCCCUGAUCCUGAGAAGUUCGAUCCUGAACGAUUCAGCGAGGAAUUCAAAUCUACCAGACAUCCAUUUGCUUACAUGCCAUUUGGGGAAGGACCACGAGCUUGUAUAGGAUUGCGAUUUGGGAAAUUGCAAAGCAAAGUUGGACUGAUCUCGGUUAUCAAGAACUUCAAAGUCACUGUGAACGAGAAAACUACAUUACCGAUCAAGUUCUAUCCUUCAUUUUUGAUAUUCGUAGCUGGAGGAAUAUGGUUGGAUGUGGAAAAAUUGAAGUGAAUUUGAAUUCAGUUGUGUGACUCAAUAAAAUAAGUAACUGAAUAUUUUUAUCGAUUAUUGUAUCG